UAUUUGAUGUGACCUUUUACACAUCAAAUCCACUAAAAGUCGCCAUUUUUUUUCAAACAUGACUCAAUGGUAGUUGCUACGAUCCUUCCUUUCUUGUUGACCAAGUCCAGUCUUUAGUAAGACUUUCUGCCACACUUGGUGGCCAAGUUAUCAUCAUCCUCAUUCUUCUUCCCUCUCUUCACUCUUCUUCUUCAUCUUCCACUUUUAGUAACAAUUUUACUGAGAUAUGGAAGAUGAUGAAUCACCACAACUCAAGAGUGUUGUUAUAAUUUCUCUUCCACCUUCAAAUAACCCUUCUUUAGGUAAAACCAUAACCGCUUUUACUUUCUUUAACCCUUUUUCUCAACGACAACUUCAUCAACAUCAACAUCAACAUCAUCAUCAACAACAACAACAACAACAACCUCAAAACAAUGAUCCACCAAUCCAAUCCUACCCAUCAAAUCCUCAGCUUCAGUUUUCAUUCAGAAGACUCUUUCACAUCACCCCAUUAAAACUUUUCACAUUCUUUGGCAUUUUUCUCUUUGCCCUUUUUCUCUAUGGUUCUCUUUUUUCAACUACAACAAUACUUGAACUACGUGGUGUCAAGAACAAUGAUGGUGAUGAUGAACCAAGUAGCUUUCUGCUUCCACUUUUUAAGAAACAUGGUGUUCUUGGUCAGAGAGAUUUGAAGCUUAAAUUGGGGAAGAUUGUUGAUGUUAAAAAAAGGAACGUUAUUGCUUCUAACUCUAAGGUUGUAGCUGUUGACUCUUCAUCUGCUGUUUUUCCAAUCAGUGGCAAUGUUUAUCCAGAUGGGUUGUAUUACACGCAUUUACGUGUCGGAAACCCUCCGAAACGGUAUUUUGUUGAUGUGGAUACAGGGAGUGACUUAACUUGGAUUCAGUGUGAUGCUCCGUGCAGAAGUUGUGCAAAGGGAGCAAAUGCCAUAUAUAAGCCAACACUAUCCAACAUAGUGCCGUCCGUAGACUCUCUAUGCUUGGAAGUUCAGAAAUAUGAGAAGAAUGGAUAUGAUGAAAACUUCCAACAGUGUGACUAUGAAAUUCAAUAUGCAGACCAUAGUUCUUCUUUAGGAGUUCUUAUUAAGGAUGAGCUUCAUCUUAUGACUACUAAUGGAUCCAAAACCAAGUUAAAUUUUGUUUUCGGGUGUGGAUACGAUCAAGAGGGCAUGCUUUUGAACACAUUGGCAAAAACAGAUGGAAUCAUGGGACUGAGCAGAGCGAAAGUAGGCCUACCUUAUCAGUUGGCAAGUAAGGGGCUUAUUAAGAAUGUUGUUGGUCAUUGCUUAGGAAAUGAUGGAGUUGGCGGUGGAUACAUGUUCUUAGGUGAUGAUUUUGUGCCUUCUUGGGGUAUGACUUGGGUACCUAUGGCCCAAACUACAGAUUUAUACCAAACUGAGAUUCUUGGAAUAAACUACGGAAAUCGUCUACUCAGUUUUGAUGGAAACAGCAAAGUUGGAAAGGUGGUUUUUGAUAGUGGCAGUUCUUAUACGUAUUUUCCGAAAGAGGCGUACUUGGAUCUUGUUGCUUCUCUUAAAGAAGUUUCUGGAUUGGGACUCAUUCAAGAUGAUUCAGAUACAACUUUGCCAAUUUGUUGGCAGGCUAAUUUCCCAAUCAGAUCUGUCAAAGAUGUCAAGGAUUACUUCAAGACAUUAACACUUCGUUUUGGAAACAAAUGGUGGAUUUUGUCCACAUUGUUUCGGAUACCGCCGGAGGGUUACUUGAUCAUUAGUAACAAAGGCAAUGUUUGCUUAGCUAUCCUUGAUGGUAGCAAUGUACAUGAUGGAUCCUCCAUUAUACUUGGAGACAUUUCACUGCGAGGACAUUUGGUUGUGUAUGACAAUGUAAACAAGAAUAUUGGUUGGGAGAGAACAAAAUGUGGCAUGCCAAGCAAAAUAUUGAAGAAGACUCACAAUUUCUUAAGUGAUAGUAUGUUAUGAUUCACUCACACCAGAAUCUUAGAUGUCAGUCAAUGUAAAAUAGUCUAUGUAUAGGUACUGCCAUAAUGUAGGAAUUUGGAGGAAUAAUGAAUUAAUAUGGCAUUAUGUUAUCUUAUUUUUUAUUUCUAAGAGCCUAGUGGCGAAACUCAAUGUGCGUUUCGUGCAAAGAAGGGGUGUAUUGUGGAUUUGAACUCUUACCCCUGCAUAUCAAACGUCAUAACAAACUUUUAUCAUAUGAGCUCUGCACUUAUCAAU